UAUAAUUAGAAGUGCAAGCAGUGUUGAAUCUUAUAUACUAUUAUACUGCAUGCAUGAAUAAUGUUCUCUACGAAGUUGCUUCUAUUUGCUCUUGGAGCAUGUCUGGCUGGGGAGGGCUGUUGUUCCGUGUCGGGGCCUAAAGACAGUGCCAAUGGUGUGAGAGGAAGAGGACAGAGAAUGCCACAAGUGUUUGAUCUUGGUAGCCUGGAAGAGCUCAAGGACAUUGCAAGCCAGUUCAAUGGGAAGGACUACUCUUCUAGACUUCAAAAGAGACAGGCAGAUUUGCAGGACCUGGAUCUGUCCACGGCUGCUAUAUUGACCAAUGAUUCGCAUUUUCAUGCUAUUGUACACUGGACUGGCUACCCUCACGAGAACAUCUUCAUACUCACCAGACAACCCUCUGAGUCAACUGGGCUCUCAAUAGAGACCUGGCUUUGGAGGUCUACUGAUUAUGGUAAGACAUUUAUCAACGAGACUGACAAACUCGAAGACUAUUUGAUUCAGAGCUACUAUGUCGGCGUCAACACUUCAUAUUUGGUUUUUGCUGAUGUAAUAAACCAAACGCUGCAAGUCACGGAGGAUGUGGGAGAGACCUUCACUGCUCGUAGCACGCCAUUCACUCCUAACAGUAUCAUCUUCCAGAGCAGACUAGCACCCAACUCAACCCAAUACAGCAAGUUCAUCCUCAGCCAAGACUACGCUGAAGAAGCGCUGUGGGUGUCGAGUAACCUCGGUGUAAACUGGACCAAGAUUGGAGACAAUGUUCCGUUUCAGCGCUUCUACUGGAGGAGACUGAACGAGGAAGUCGAGGGAGACCUCACCACAGUCUACUUUGAGCAGAGGACAUCUAAAGAAAGUACUCAGUCCCUGCUCUACUUCUCAACCUAUCCUUACACCGAGGUCCAACUGUUUGCUCCCGAGCUGGGACCAUUUGAGAGUGGCUCAUUUGUAAUGACACAUGAGUACAUGUUUGUACGGAUUUCCGGGUCAGCAGCUAAUAGCAAUGUGACCUACUCCAGUCCACUCUGGGUCAGCUACAGGAGGGACAGGAUUUUCAGACAAGCACUAUUUCCAUUCCUCUCAGACGAACUUGAGCACCUGCACUACUCUGUGAUAGAUGGCAGUGAGGGGGAGGUCCUUGUAGGGAUCUACCAUAACAACAUCACCUCUCACCUCUACAUAUCCGAUGCGACUGGAACUAGCUACUCCCUCUCUCUGGACUACAUUGUACAAAGUGGUGGGGAAAAUGGGAACCCAACCUUUGACGUCCAUUUGGUGGACGGUAUCAGAGGUGCUGUGCUGGCUAAUCGUAAGGUACCUGGUGACAGCUUUGGUGGCACCCUCAUCAGCCACAACAAGGGAGGGCAAUGGUCCCCCCUCCAAGCACCAGCAGUAGACAGGAAUGGACUACCCACUAGCUGCUUCCCGCCAGGGUGUUCUCUGCAUGUGCGGAUGGAGACUGAUGUUGAGAAUGGCUACCAGUCCAUCCUGUCACAAGACACUGCUGUGGGUCUAAUCAUGGCUGCCGGCAACCUUGGCACUGGCUUCUCUACUGCUGCUAAUUCGAGAAUCUACUUAUCAAGAGACGGUGGCUUUACGUGGGCAGAGGUGGAGAGCGGAAAUUGGGAGUUCCAGUUUCUUGCUCUCGGCUCGAUCAUUGUCAUGGUAAAUAAGCGAAUCCUCGUGGAUGAUUUCAAGUGGUCAUGUGAUGAAGGAGCUACCUGGAUGACCAAUAAGCUGGAGAAGGAUGUGCCCUUGCCUCGAGUUGCUGUGAUUGGAAUGAAGACUGAGAUUGGAGAGAAACCAAGACUAGUCUCAGUGUUUGGUGUCGACUUCUACCAAUAUCUCGCCAAUGACCUGGUGUUUGAGUGGCUUGUAUUCACACUCAACUUCACGUCUGUAGUCCCGAGACAAUGUGACACCUUCGACUACUUUGAAUGGAUCCCAACGGACGAUCGACUGAGUGAGAGCUGUCUCUUAGGGGAGGUGGUCCUCUAUGAGCGGAGAAAUGGGUCAGCCUGCUGCUAUGUGGAUCCAGACUACCAGAAACCAGUGAACACCUCACGUUGUCGAUGCUCCCUUGAAGACUUUGAAUGUGAUUUAGGUUUUGCUCGGCAGACUCUGAACAGUCCCUGCACAGCGGUGCCUGGACACGUCUACCCUCCCCCAGCACCAAUCAUCUGUCCUGAGAGCAACAACUACACCUACUCAUCAGGAUACCGUAAGAUUCCUGGAGACAAGUGUGAGGAGGAGAACAUCAAUGUUGAUUUCCUACUCCCCCAAACAGCCCCCUGUCCACUUCGUGCUGCAGGAGGGUUGUCCAUUGACUUCCCUGAAUCUAUCCGACCAGAUGAGCCAGUAACCUUCACACUCUCACAAUCAAGGGGGAGCAAGCUCUCAACUGUCUAUGUGUGGAGCUUUGGUGAUUCCACUCCAUUGCUUCAAAAUGUUAGCCUCAUCUCGGCCCAGACACAGCAGCACAGCUUUGCCUCUCCUGGUAUGUAUAGGGUCACAGUGAGCACAAGGAAUGACGCAGGACUGUCUGAAAUAAGCGUAUCUGUAACAGUACUGGAUACUCUCAUCGGGUUCUCCGUGGGUUACCCCUCAGAGCUGUACAUUGACGACAGUGUGCCCAUUGGAUUCUACAUACGGUUUACAGUCAGCAUCAGCACGCAGUUUGGUACUAGACAUCUCGGAGAAGUGCCGUUUGAGCUAGCAUGGGACUUUGGUGAUGGAACUAACUUCACGGCUGGCCCUCAGGCAAUAGUCGGGCACGUCUACGAGAGCCCUGGCAACUACACUGUGUCCACUAGUCUAACGGCCGUGUUCUCCAACGUUGAAAAAAUAAAAACCAAGUCUAUUCGUACAUAUGCAGCUGCUACUAAUGUGAACAUCACGAGUGAUGCUCUCAUCAUAAAAGAGGGAAUUGCUUUCACUCAAGUCGGACAAUACAUCGAUUUCCAAGUGUCACCACCGUCCUUCACUGAAAUACCACCACAGACUGCAUUCUCCUGGCUAGUGCAACGUCCUCGUCAAUCAAGUAGUGAGACUGUCGGGACCGAGCGAACAAUCUCGUACCAGUUCUCAACAUGGGGGCAGUACGUGGUCACAAUGCGUGGCUCCUAUCUGGCUACAGGAUCAGUGCAGGGAGUCAUCAGUGUCUACGCUCAAAAUAACAUCACAGUGGUUGCCCCAUCCAAGCAGACUGCUCGAUCAGGACAACUGAUAACACUCAAUCUUAUUCUACAAAACAGUCAAAACUCUCCCUAUCAGGGGCCGAUCAAAGUGACCCUUGAGUCUCCCACUGGUUCUAGACUGGCCAACUAUCAUUCCAUCAUCUCAGAUGAUGCAGAGAUUAAGCUUCACUUCACUAUGAAGCAGCCUGGAUCAACCGAUGCCAUACUGAGAGCAUCAAAUGACGUAUCUAAAUACAUGAACAACUUGAAACUCAUUGUUGUUGGGUCUGGACAAUUCGGAGCUAUCACGAUUCUAUUUGAUGCUGACAAACUCCCCUCCAACUACAACACUCCUGAGUGGCAGGAGAAGCUCUCCUAUUCUCUAAGGCAAUUCAUUGCCAUGAAGUUCGAUGGAGAUGCGUCACUGAUCGAGGUUGUGGGAGUGUCCACAAUAGUCAGGACUGACUCACGUAAGAGGUCCCCCGGCAUGUUCCUGGCUUUGGAUGUUAACCUGCUCCCUGCUGACUAUACAGAGCAAGCUUUUCAGGACACUAUGCAGAUGGCCGACAAGGUGCUGGCAGACAUUGCUGAUGAGGCAUUCACAUUCAAUGUUGAUGAUGUUGUGUUGACUGCCGACAGCGCCGUCAAUCGGAACGAUAACGACCGCUCUGGCCCAGAACCAGUUUCUAGUAACCCUCUGGUUGACAUUGUCCUGGCAGUAGUAUUCACAAUCAUCCUAGUCGCUGUUAUCGUGGUCGUGGUGAUUAUCAGUGUCUACUGCUACAGGAGGAACAAGCAGCUGCAGAUGAAGUACUCUAUGAUGGAAGAGCCUAGAGACGGGAAUCUGAGCUUCAAUGAAGCGUUCGGAGAAUCUGCCGACACCAAGGAGAGUGGAAAUGAGUGAUAACUGUUCAAGAACUUAUUUUGGCAUGUUGUGUUACCAUUGUACACAGGUGUGCUAUUCGUGUCAUGUAUAUAGAUUAGAUAUUUCAAAUGAAAAAGAUCACAAUAAAAUUUUAA